GUGCCGAGCCGAGCCGGGCCGGAGCGGGGCGCGGGUGGCCGGGCCGGGGCGCGGGGAAGAUGGCGAACGUGGGGCUGCAGUUCCAGGCGAGUGCGGGGGACGCCGACCCGCAGAGUCGGCCCCUGCUGCUGCUCGGGCAGCUGCCCCACCUGCACCGCGUGCCCUGGAGCCACGUCCGCGGGAAGCUGCAGCCCCGGGUCACCGAGGAGCUCUGGCAAGCAGCUCUGGCCACGCUCAACCCCAACCCCACGGACAGCUGUCCCCUCUACCUGAACUGCGCCACUGUGGCUGCCCUGCCCUCCAGGGUGAGCAGGCACAACAGCCCCUCUGCUGCCCACUUCAUCACCAGGCUUGUGCGGACCUGCCUGCCGCCUGGAGCCCAUCGGUGCAUCCUGAUGGUCUGUGAGCAACCCAAUGUCUUUGCCUCUGCCUGUGCCCUGGCCCGGGCCUUCCCACUGUUCACACACCGCUCAGGGGCUUCUCGACGCACAGACAAGAGGACUGUUACUGUGGAGUUCUUCCUGGUGGGACAGGACAACGGCCCAGUGGAAGUGUCCACGUUGCAAUGCUUAACAAAUGCCACAGAAGGUGUGCGGCUGGCUGCUCGCAUUGUGGACACACCCUGCAAUGAGAUGGACACAGACAUCUUUCUGGAGGAGAUUAGUAAAGUUGGAAAAGAGCUGGGACUUGCCCCAACCAUCAUCCGAGAUGAGGAACUGAAGACAAGAGGAUUUGGAGGAAUCUACGGGGUCGGGAAGGCUGCCCUCCACCCUCCAGCUCUGGCCGUCCUCAGCCACACACCUGACAGUGCCACACAGACCAUUGCCUGGGUGGGCAAGGGCAUCGUGUACGACACCGGGGGCCUCAGUAUCAAAGGAAAGACCACCAUGCCGGGAAUGAAGCGUGACUGCGGAGGUGCUGCAGCCAUUCUGGGGGCCUUCAGAGCUGCCAUCAAGCAGGGUUUCAAAGACAACCUCCAUGCUGUGUUCUGCUUGGCUGAGAACGCAGUGGGGCCCAGUGCCACGCGGCCCGAUGACAUCCACCUGCUGUACUCAGGAAAGACUGUGGAAAUCAACAACACAGACGCCGAGGGCAGGCUGGUGCUGGCAGAUGGCGUGUCCUAUGCCUGCAAAGACUUGGGAGCUGACAUCAUCCUAGAUAUGGCCACGCUGACAGGGGCUCAGGGCAUUGCUACAGGAAAGUACCAUGCUGCUGUGCUCACCAACAGCGCUGAGUGGGAGGCAGCCUGUGUGAAGGCUGGCCGGCAGUGCGGGGACCUGGUGCACCCACUUGUCUACUGCCCCGAGCUGCACUUCAGUGAGUUCACCUCAGCUGUGGCUGACAUGAAGAACUCAGUAGCGGACCGAGAUAACAGCCCCAGCUCCUGUGCUGGCCUCUUCAUUGCCUCCCACAUCGGCUUUGACUGGCCCGGGGUCUGGGUCCACCUGGACAUUGCUGCACCUGUGCAUGCUGGUGAGCGAGCUACGGGCUUUGGUGUGGCCCUCCUGCUGGCACUCUUCGGCCGUGCCUCUGAGGACCCCCUGCUGAACCUGGUGUCCCCACUGGGCUGUGAGGUGGACCCAGAGGAGGGCGACAUGGGGAGGGACUCCAAAAGACGCAGGCUUGUGUGAGGGCUGCCUGCCACCUCGGCCCAGUGAUUCAGAGCGCAUUACCUCACUUUGCACUGAUAAUUUUAAACAAUUGAAAGAUGAAACCUUAAGAUGCCUGUGGUUUGUUUUUUGUUUUUAUCUGGUGGUGAUGGAAACGCAUUCUCAUGUCUUCGAAAACAGCUUAGGGCUCAGCAGGGCCUCGGGAAAGGGGCUGGAAGGGACUGAAAGGGACUGGGGCUUGUUUCUAUUUGGGUUCUCACAGGGCUCCUCUGUCAACUGUUGCCCCUAGGGCUUUUGGUACCACCUGGACCCAAGGGCCUCCCACCUCCCCCAUUCCUCUUCCUCCUCUGUGGGUA